AUGACCACACUCCAACGCCCGGGAUGGACUCCCAUGGCCCAAAUCCCACCAGACCAGACGAAUCGAGGGGGAGACGGUUGGAGAGGGCUUGACUGGUGGAACUCGCCGACGAGGGUCACCGACACCCCGGUCUGUACCCGUCUGUCCAGUCUGCCCACUGGGCGGUUACGGGUGGGUGUCCUGCCCUCCAACGAGGGUGUCGACUUGCAGGUUGCUAUGGAUGGUGGCAUGCGUCUCGCCACGGGAGGGAAUGUUUCUUCUUCAACCUUCGUCUAUAUUUGCUUCAGCCUUUGGCGCACCAAGUCUCCGACAUCCAUCACUCGGCAAAACACUUACACCAUCCCAGCUAGAACAGCAGCCACCGUCAGAGAUCGCUCCGUCUGCUCAAAUCCUUGGACGACAGUGAAGGAUUGCGACAGGCCAGCUGUAGCAGCAGCACAAGACUCGGUGCUGUGGGUGCGUAGUGCCUAUGACGACGGCACUGGAUUUCGUCCAAGGGCGCUAGAGCAGCUAGCAAUGGGCAUACAAGACGACUACCAGUCAGCGAGCAUAACUAUUACCCUUCGACGACAAGCUAGAAUCCUCCUUCGUUUUCAGCUAUCGUCCGAGACGCCCUCGUUUAGCGCACAGCAGUCAGCUCUCCAAUAG